AUGACGUGUCGAACUGUGACAACUGAUAAUUUUUUUACAAGUUUCUCUUUGGCAUUAAAAUUAAGAUCUGAAAAUACCUCGUUGCUUGGAACAAUACGAGCAAAUAAGAAGGAAUUGCCGAAAACCUGCAAACUGAAAAAAUACGGCAUGAGAAAACCAAAUAUAAAAGUAAUUAUACAAAGUACAAAGCAUAAAAAAGUAACAAUUGAUAAAAUUGCUAAGAAAUUGCCUGAAACUGUAUCGUUUUAUAAUAAAACUAAAUUUAGCGUCGAUGUCACUGAUGAAAUGGCACGAAAAUAUACCGUGAAAUCAAGAUCAAAAAGGUGGCCACUUCAAAACAGACAUGACUUCAACACAAACAUCACCGUUACAACAACAAACACAUCAAAUAACCAUCAUGUUAGACCUCUUAACGAAAUUCUUGAAUACCUAAAAAUAAUGGAUGGGUCAAUCAGAAUAGCUGUUUGGAACAGCAACGGGUUACGACAAAGACUUCAAGAACUCAAAAUUUUUAUCUACACACAUAACAUCGAUAUUAUGGCAAUUUCAGACACUCACUUUACUGAACACAUCGAGGAUGUCGUGGACCUCAUAACAAAAAUAAUUCAAGAGCCAGCAUGGUUAUCUUCUUCUAAUAUACAAGAAAAUAAAAAGAGUUGUUCAUACCCAGCCAAUGUCUUGCUGAAAAUUAAACAAAAACGAAAAGUUCAAUACAAAUGGCAAAGAUACAAAACAGAAGAAAAUAAAAGGCAGUUAAAUGCACUCUCAAGGGAGGUUAAAAUAAUGAUAAAAGAAUGCUGUAAUUCUGGGUUUAACAAUUAUCUCUUAAACCUUACGCCAAAUGAAGAUACAAACUAUUCACUCUGGAAGGCAACAAAAAAAUUAAAAAGACCAAUAACGCAGAUACCUGCACUGCGAAAACCAAAUGGAUCUUCGGCAAAGACAUUUGUUUCCAUGGAACAAGCCAAGACAUUUACUAACCACUUAUAUCAAAAUUUCAGGGAAAUAGUAUGGCCACGACAAGAUCACCAGUUUGGCUAUAGGGAGAAACAUGCUACAACUGAACAGGUCCACAGAUUAAUUAACCAAAUAACACCUGCUACGGAAAACAAGAAAUACUGUGCAAGUCUAUUCUUAGACGUAGGAAAAGCCUUUGACAAGGUAUGGCAUGAAUGCUUAUUGAAAACUAUAAGACAAUACUUACAAGUACCAAUUUAUCUCUUACUUAAAUCAUACCUAAACAAUAGAACCUAUUACGUUAAAGUUAAGGACUCGCACUCAGCAGUACACGUAAUAUUUGCCGGCGUUCCAUUAGGAAGUGUACUGGGUCCGGUCCUCUAUACGCUCUACACUUCGAUACGCUGA